CUUUCCCAGUAGUAGUGUUUCACCAGAGUGGAAAAAGAGGGUUGGUGCAUGCGCACGCACCUCAUCCACUACGAUAAUCGAACUGGGAGCGCCGUGGCUCCUACAUCCGUGCGUUAGGGGCGCGAUUGUAACAGAAAAUAAAAAAGGAGUGAAAGAACACCAAGUCACCAAAAAAAAAAAAAUUGCCUUUCUUCUUUCUAAAUAUGAAAACAAUUUGACUUAAAAUAUAAAAAAUAAAAGUUUCUCCCUUGUGUCGUUAUUUCUCUCUUCUUUCUCAGUGAGCGAAAAAAAAAAAAAUUGUCCCUGACCCGGUGUGUGUCUGUGCUCGGGAGAAAAACGAAUCGUUUUACUUCUUUUCCACCCCCGACCAACCCCCGGAGAUCCUCAGAAAUUCGUCUCGCAAUGGCGCCCAACGUGGGCAACUUGAUAAUCUCUCUCGUGUAUGUCUCGUCGACAAGUGCUGCUCAAAGUUGUAAAAUGCCAAUAAAAUAAUUAAUUUUCAAAUUUAUUUAUUUUUUUUUUAAAUGAUUCAAAUCAAUUCUUAUAUUGAGGAAUCAUCAUUUUUUUUUUCCAACAAAGUGAUUGUGUUUUGUGCGCGAAGGUGUGCAACAUGAAAAAAUUUCGAAAGAAGCGACCAACGAAAAGAAAGGAACGAUUAAGAAAGUGACAUCAUUAUUAUAAAGAAACGAUUUCAGGGUCAAAUUUCAAGGUCACAAGAAUAAAAAAAAGGUCUUCCCGGUGUUGGAGGACCAACGGACUUUGAAGAAAGAUGAAGAAUUGGUUUCACUUGCGGAGGAGAAAACAAAUAAGAACAAAAAUUAAGGUCUGAAAUUUACCUCGUUGGUCUAUUAUAUAGUCCAUUCAAUCUGGCGAAUAAGGCGGAGUCCUCGACGACGAUGCAGCAGGGUAAAGAAAGCUCUGUUGGGUCCAAUACCCAGGAGACUCAUCAAUAUGUUGGGCCCUAUCGACUCGAGAAAACCCUCGGCAAAGGCCAAACUGGUUUGGUCAAGCUAGGGGUUCAUUGUGUGCUUGGCAAGAAGGUGGCCAUUAAGAUCAUUAACCGCGAGAAACUUUCGGAGUCCGUUUUAAUGAAAGUGGAACGCGAGAUUGCCAUUAUGAAACUCAUUGACCAUCCUCACGUUCUCGGUCUUUCGGACGUGUACGAGAACAAGAAAUAUCUGUAUCUUGUUUUGGAACAUGUCUCAGGAGGGGAACUUUUCGACUAUCUUGUAAAGAAAGGAAGGCUAACACCUAAGGAGGCCAGGAGGUUUUUUCGACAAAUUAUUUCCGCGUUAGAUUUUUGUCAUAGUCAUAGUAUAUGUCAUAGAGAUUUGAAACCUGAAAAUUUGUUAUUGGAUGAGAAGAAUAAUAUAAAAAUAGCGGAUUUUGGAAUGGCAUCGUUACAACCUGCUGGCUCAAUGUUAGAAACAAGCUGUGGUUCACCUCAUUACGCUUGCCCUGAAGUCAUUCGGGGCGAAAAAUACGAUGGAAGAAAAGCUGAUGUUUGGUCUUGUGGCGUAAUACUUUAUGCACUUUUAGUCGGCGCUUUACCAUUCGACGAUGAUAAUUUAAGACAACUUUUAGAAAAAGUGAAACGAGGGGUGUUUCACAUACCACACUUUGUCCCACCUGACUGUCAAAAUCUACUUAGGGGAAUGAUUGAAGUUAUUCCUGAUAAAAGACUAACGUUAGCGGAGAUAAACAGGCAUAUAUGGGUGACAGCUGCUGGCAAGGGAGAAUUGGAAUUAGAACUUUCAAUGAUGGAUGUGGUGCAAACACACGUGAUUCCGUCCGAGGACGCAAUUGAUCCUGACGUUUUACAGGCCAUCGCAAGUCUCGGAUGCUUUAAAGAAAAGGAUAAUCUUAUUAAAGAGCUUCUUAGUCCCAAUCACAAUACAGAAAAGGUGAUUUAUUUUCUUUUACUCGAGAGAAAGAGAAGAAGACCGGCCUGCGAGGAUGAACUGGAAGUAAUGAGAAGUGGAAUGAGAGCUUCAACAGCACAAUUGGAGGCAGAUCCUCCGAGGAAAAGGGUUGAUACUUGUCGAGUAAAUGGCAAUGCAGCUUUGAACUUGGGACAAAUCAGCCACGGUUCGCCCCUUACACCAAGGAGACAAUCCAGGGUUUUGAAUUGCAGCACAAGGCAUCAUGCGAGACGUUCACCAAGUACAGGAUCUCAUACUCACGCUUCGCAUUCACACGCAUCGACUCCUGGUGGAUCGCCUCUUCACACAUCAAAUUUCUCAGGUCUAUUGAGUCCUCAUAGAGCGACUCCAAGCUCACAUCAUGGCCAAACAGGAAGUCCGCAUAGAUUGUCAACUGUCGGUACCGCUGGCGGAAAUGGCAAUUCGACACAAGGAAUUCCAACUCCCAUUCCUCCAUUGGCAAGCGUUGGAAUUGAAUUAAGUGAAGUUCAACCUGUUGGUGUAACACCUCCAGGAUCACCUCACACGGGAGCAGGAUCGGGCGCUCAUCAUUGGAGAUCACGUUUGACAACAAUUAAAAAUUCAUUCCUAGGAAGUCCACGAUUCCAUCGACGCAAAUUGCUCACGAGUACCGAAGAGGUGCAUUUAACGCCCGGUUCUUCGCCGGAGUUAACGAAAAAGUCCUGGUUCGGCAGUUUAAUGGCAACCGAAAAGGACGAAACAUUUACUGUAUUAGUUAAAGGCAAGCCUUUGGCGAGUGUCAAAGCUGACCUAAUUCACGCCUUUUUAUCGAUAGCUGAAUUAUCGCAUAGUGUGAGUUCGGCAAUGUCCUUUAGUGUGGAAUAUAAACGAGGCAGUACGGGACCAGCAAUGUUUCAAAGACAAGUACGAUUUCAAGUUGACAUUAGUGCCAUUUCAAAGCAACCAAGUGAACCUCUAUUUGCCAUCACAUUUACUCUACUGAGUGGCAAUAUUCGAAGAUUUAGAAGAGUUUGCGAGCACAUACAAUCGCAGGUCUGUUCGAGAAAUAUUGGCUUAAAUAUGGGUAAUCAAAGUAGUAGAGCAGCGCCUCCAAGUCCUAGGGCAUCGAGAAAAUUUUCCACUGAGAUGAGUGAAAGUUCGAGUUGUGGUAGCGAUACAAGCGAAAGACUAUUUCUUCAUCCACAUCCUACUACCAGACAGGUAGUUUGUUUCAACAAGAUUGAUUCCGAUCUUGAGUCAGAAACAUCAGUUUUUGAUGUUAAAUCGCCAACAAGAGAGAAUGGAAGAAGAAGUUCAACGUCAACGAACAAUAAUAUUCCACUUCAGGACGAUGUGACAACACCAACCGGUGACGAUAGUCCCCCAAAGGCAGUGAGAAGUAAUUCUGAAAGUCAAAAUACACCGGAAAAAAAGUGUGUUACAACAAUGAGUGGAAGCAAUAUAGCAUGAUACUAUGAGAACCUACGUUUUGAAUUUCGAACCAGUUUUAGAAAUUUGUGGGACAGCACUCAACGACUUUACAGUGAUUAUUUGUGAGCAAAAAAAAAAAAAGAAAAAUGGUGACGACACAUUUUUGGAGGUCUUCCUGUUCACAAAUUUCAGUGUACAUAUUGUUUUCAAAUCUCAAAAAAAGGAAAAAACAAAAAUAAAAUAACUAAAAAAGGUCCCCUAAUUUUUUUUUUGAGUGUGUCUGGAUCGAAAGUGAACGUGAUUAAUUGGCUUUAAUUAACUGCCAAAUAGGUAAUUGAAUUAAUAAUUCUAGUGUUUUUUUCUUUUCUUUCCGAAUUCAUCAUUUUUAAUUUUAUAUUAUUCACUAACUGCCACAAAAACAGAAAAAAAAAAAAUAUCAAAAUAUUGCCAUUUUAUUUGAAAAAUUUUUAAUUCAUUUUUUUCUUCAAGCCUGAACACCUUCUAUCGAUUUUUAGUGUUCUUGCGCAAUGUUCAAUAAAAAAAAUAGUAAGAGAACAAUAAAAAAAAAAAAGAGUCGAUCGGCAAAAGAAAAAGUUUAUUUUUUUUGGCUAAAAAAUUGCCUAAAUGAAAAUAAGCCAAAAUGAAAAAUAAAUAAUCUUUUCGCCGAUUCAAAACGACUUUGAAAAAAAAUAUUUAGACGCAUCGGGAGAGAUUUAUUUUUUUCACUCGUCGAAAAAUAGAUGAAAAAAAAAAAAAAUUGAAAGAAAGACUAUGACGUAGUGCGACUUACAUUACAAUAAUGAAAAAAAAAACAGAAAAGUAAUUAGUAAAAACAAAUGCAUACAAGCUUCUUUCGUCAGCUUCGUCAAAAAAAAAAAAAAAUUGCGGAGAAAGUAGCAAUUAAAUGUUUAUAUUAAAUCAUAUACAGUAUGCAUAAUAAUUAAGAUAUAUUUUCUCAAACAGACAUAUCUCACAAAAAUUGGCCCGGCUUCAUAGUACAUAAACUUGUAAAACGUAUGUUAUGAUGUAACGUUGUUAAAAAAAAAAAAAAAACCAAAAAAAAAAAUUGCUAUCAUACGAUCAUGUGGAAAUGUCAUCUGUGUUUUGGAAUCGCCAAUAUUUUACAAUUAAUUUCUCUUUUUAAAAAAAAAUAUUUGUAAUAUUUUUCUAAUGAGCAAAUGAAAAUAAUUAGAAAAGUAUGACAUUUAAUAAAGUUUAAUUUCACAAUUUCUCCAAAGGAAAUUUUUCUGCGAAUGAAAAUUAUUAUUUCUUAUUUAAAAAGGGAUUCCAGGUCACAAGGACUCGCUUUAGAUUUUAUAGGCGACGUCUCGUUCCUAUUAAAUAAAAAAAAAAAAAAGAAGAAGUUAUCUUUAAUUUAGAAAAAUGAAAAUUGAAUUUAUUUCCUUCGUCCAAAUCGAAAGAGUUAUUUUUUUUUAAAUUUAUAAUUUUAGUACUUUAAUUACCGUUUUUAAUAAUUGAAUUUUUUAAUCACUUUUUUUUUACAAGAUAUUAACAAAUUAUUAUUUUUUCAACUAGUUUUAUGAAUAAAAAUUUUCACUCAGAGGAAUUGCAUUGCUUUUAAUUUCAUUAUUCCAACUCUGAAUCGAUUUCGACAUGGAAAAUUGAAUUAAAAAAUCGGGCUUUGCAAUAAAAGACAAACCACGAGAUUAUAAUUAUUAAAUAGAUGAAAAAUAAAAGGGGAAUGCUAAUGAUAAAAAAAAGUUAAGUAGAUAGUUGAGAUGAAUCUGAUUAGUAAUAUAAUUCGUAAAAUUGAGUCUAGAAAUUAAGCUUAUGGUUAUCUAUUUAUUAAUUGCGGAUAUAAAUAUAUAUAUAUAAAUAAAUAAACUGAUUCUACACGGAAUAAGUAUUAAUAAAUAAUGAAAAAAAUUACCGGCCACUUUAAACUAGGAUUUUAUAUCAUAAAAAAUCAUUCGUUUUGUGACGAAAGGAAAAGUGAAUAUUUCAUUCGAUUUUAUUCUAAAAGUGUAUAACAUUAAAAAAAAAAAAGAGGAAAGGUCAUACAACCU